AUGGCAAGCCAUUGGUUCUUCUUCCUCUCACUCUGCCUCCUCCUCGUAGCCGUUUCUUCCAUAGAUGUGGAGCCCCCUUUAGAUUCCCCCCACCUCCAAAACCAGGCUCUAAUCUUCGGCGAAGUGUGCAUCACCAAGGACUGCUGCAAGGUGCUCCGUAGGGUUGGCGAUGAAACUUGCAUCAUCAGCUACAUGUGUGCCUCCAUUGGCUAG